AUGAGCAGCAAUCAGUUCAACAAGGGUCCGUCCUAUGGCCUCUCCGCCGAGGUCAAGAACCGGCUGGCCCAGAAGUAUGACCCACAGAAGGAGGCAGAGCUGCGGACGUGGAUCGAGAGCGUGACAGGGCAGCAGAUAGGACCUGACUUCCAGAAGGGGCUGAAGGAUGGAGUCAUCCUCUGCGAGCUGAUGAACAGGCUGCAGCCCAACUCGGUGAAGAAGAUCAACCGCUCAGCGCAGAACUGGCACCAGCUCGAGAACCUCUCCAACUUCAUCAAGGCCAUGGCCAGCUAUGGCAUGAACCCUGUGGACCUCUUUGAAGCCAACGACCUCUUUGAAAGUGGGAACCUGACGCAGGUGCAGGUGUCCCUGCUGGCACUGGCAGGCAUGGCCAAGACAAAAGGGCUGCAGAGCGGAGUGGACAUCGGAGUGAAGUACUCAGAGAAGCAGCAGAGGAACUUCGAUGAGGCCAAGAUGAAGGCUGGGCAGUGUGUGAUCGGGCUGCAGAUGGGCACAAACAAAUGUGCCAGCCAGUCUGGCAUGACAGCCUACGGCACCAGGAGGCACCUCUACGACCCCAAGAACCAGAUCCUGCCACCCAUGGACCACUCCACCAUCAGCCUCCAGAUGGGCACCAACAAGUGUGCCAGCCAGGUGGGCAUGACAGCUCCUGGCACCCGCAGACACAUCUACGACUCCAAGCUGGGGACGGAGAAGUGCGACAGCUCCUGCAUGUCCCUGCAGAUGGGCUCCAACCUGGGUGCCAACCAGAGUGGCCAAGUCUUCGGCCUCGGCCGCCAGAUCUACGACCCCAAAUACUGCCCACAGGGCAACCAGGGCGAGGUGGCCAACGCCACCUGCGAGCAGAGCGGGGACCCCCCUGAGUACCACUACUACAGGGAGGAGGAGGAGAGCUACUGA